ACAAUGUGGGUAAAAUUAUACAUAACAGAAUUUGAGAAAUUUUGUAUUGAAGACAAUCUCUGCAGGAUCAUAUAACAAGCACCAAUUGAAGGGUUUUAUCUCAGGGAGAAGAAACAGACCCAGUUCAAGCUCAAAUAAAUAUCUGAAACUGGGUUGCUGCAUUGUAAGAAAGAUAAAUGGAUAUUAGGGUUUCUGGAGGGCAACAAGGAGAAUUGGGUCGUGCUGAUUUCCUUAGAUACAUCAGAAAACUUCCACGCCCAUUUGCAGAGCUUCAUGCAGAUCAACAGGUUAUGAUUUCAACCAUCUGUCAAAAGUAUAAGCCAUCUUGCCCAAGAGCAGAAGCUAGUGAAGGUGAUCAUGCUACUGUAUUCAGAUACAUUAACAAUAAGCAUACAUCCACAACUCUCCAGCCAAGGUAUCACUGCCAUACCUGCAAGAAGUCCUUCACUCUUAUGGGACAUACCAAUGAAAAGAGAAUAGAUAAGACACCUCCCCCUCUAGAUGGGGAAAAAGAAGAUGAAAAGAGAAUAGAUAAGACACCUCCUCCUCUAGAUGGGGAAAAAGAAGGAGGAAAGAGAAUAAGUGAGACACCUCCUCCUCUAGAUGGGGAAAAAGAAGAUGAAAAGAGAAUAGAUGAGACACCUCCUCCUCUAGAUGGGGAAAAAGAAGAUGAAAAGAGAAUAGAUGAGACACCUCCUCUUCUAGAUGGGGAAAAAGAGGAUAAAAAGAGAAUAGAUGAGACACCUCCUCCUCUAGAUGGAGAAAAAGAAGAGGAAAAGAGAAUAAAUGAGACGCCUCCUCUUCUAGAUUGGGAAAAAGAUGAGUGUGAAAAUGAUGCCUUUUUUUCAAAAUCUGACAGAAUGUAUCUUGAUAAUAUGGAAGUAGAAGAUACUCCUAUUACCCAUUGUCUUGAUGGCUUGGAGAUCCCAAACGAAGAUGUUCUUUUUGGAGGAUACCAAAUGGAUUAAAGCUUUGGAUUAAUGUAGUAGUAAGGUUGAUCAGAUUCAGUUAUCAAAUAAAUGAAAUUUUCCUCUUGCAGAUUGCAUAUA